ACUGGAAAAAAUGAAAAGAUAAACCGAUUUGCCAUAAAAAACAAAGCGAGUUUGCAAAUUGUAAUGGAUAAUCACUAUCCCUCGUCAUAUUUACCUCUCUAAUUCUCUAUCUUCCUUAAUUAUCUCCCCACUGUCGUCACUUUCAAUCUCUCCCCCUCUGUAUCUGCCACCUAUUCCAUCUUCAGCGGGCUGAUCGCCGGAACGCAUCUCCGACCGAUUGUCUGGCCAGCAUUCUGGUGAUGCGACAUGGCCUUUUCGCCGACUUGAUCCGUUAUUUGCCAAUUUCGGAGCGCUUUGGAACGUCCCCAUAAAUUUCCUCGGUUCCACCUCCCACUUCCAGAUUCGCGGGCCUUUGUGUCUUGAUGCGAAAAUUGGGGGAAGAAAAUAAUUUGUGGAUUGGGAACGUAGCAUGGUCAUCCUUCCCUUUGUUUGAUGUCUUCGCUGUACUCCCUCGGAAUCCAAUCACGGGCUUCAUUCUGAAUAUCUUCAUGAGCUUGAGAAUAUAGGGUUAGGGUUUGUUGCAUUUCGAAAAUGUUUAAGAAAAUCAUGAAGGGCGGGGGCAAAAAGCCCGCCAAGUCCGAUCCCAACGACGUAUCGCUCUAUGGAAACGCCCCAGCUGGGAACCGCAAUGCGGUGCCCACCAAUGUGGGCGCCAACAAGGUUGGUACAGGCGCAUCAGGCCUUACUUUAGGCGGGCCUCCGCCAUCAGGUGCUAUGGAACCCCUUCCAUCGUUCCGUGAUGUGCCCGUUUCGGAGAGGCAGAAUUUGUUCCUUCGGAAGUUGCAGAUUUGCUGUUACGUCUUGGAUUUCCUGGACACCUUGAAGUCAGUUCGAGAGAAGGAAAUUAAGCGGCAGGCGCUAAUGGAUUUGGUUGACUUUAUACAAUCUGGGUCAGGGAAGAUUACAGAAAAUUGUCAGGAAGAAAUGAUUAGAAUGAUAUCGGUAAAUAUAUUCCGGUGCUUGCCUCCGGCUUCACAUGAAAAUACGGGACAAGAGGUUAACGACCCGGAAGAGGAGGAACCAUGCUUGGAACCGGCAUGGCCCCAUCUGCAGCUUGUGUACGAGCUGCUACUGAGAUAUGUGGUGUCGUCGGAUACCGAUACCAAGGUUGCCAAGCGAUACAUUGAUCAUUCUUUUGUGUUGAAAUUACUUGAUUUGUUCGACUCUGAGGAUCCUCGGGAGCGAGAAUAUUUGAAAACCAUCCUACAUCGUAUAUACGGAAAAUUCAUGGUUCACCGACCCUUUAUUAGGAAGGCAAUUAAUAACAUUUUUUACCGCUUUAUUUACGAGACUGAGAGGCACAGCGGUAUUGCGGAGCUUCUUGAGAUUCUCGGCAGUAUAAUCAAUGGGUUUGCACUGCCAAUGAAAGAGGAGCACAAGUUGUUUCUUGUUCGAGCCCUUAUUCCUCUACACAAACCUAAGCCCGUUGCAAUUUAUCAUCAGCAGUUGUCAUACUGUAUCACUCAGUUUGUUGAAAAGGAUUACAAGCUGGCAGAUACAGUUAUUAGGGGUUUAUUAAAGUAUUGGCCGCUGACCAAUUGCCAGAAGGAAGUUCUCUUCCUUGGAGAACUGGAGGAAGUGCUGGAAGCUACACAGGGUGCAGAAUUUCAACGCUGCAUGGUGCCCCUUUUCAGACAGAUUGCCCGUUGUCUCACCAGUUCUCACUUUCAGGUUGCAGAACGGACCCUUUUUUUAUGGAAUAAUGAGCACAUUGUUAGCUUGAUAGCCCAAAACCGGGCUGUGAUAUUCCCGAUAAUAUAUGAAGCAUUGGAGAAAAAUAUUCAGAGUCAUUGGAACCAGGCGGUUCAUGGGUUGACUGUGAACGUACGGAAAAUGUUCACCGAAAUGGAUGCCGAAUUGUUUGAAGAGUGCCAGAGGCAAUAUGCAGAGAAAGAGGCGAAGACCAAAUCAGUGGAAGAGCAGAGAGAAUUGAAUUGGAAGAGACUGACUGAUGCGGCUGCAGGGAGAGGGAAUCAAAUGGUUACAGCCUAGUCUGACCUUGCCUCAUCACCUUCACAACUGGGAGUGACUGGAUAUACGAAACGAGUUAGGAAGUAACUUUGCUCCUCUUCAUUUCAGUUGGUACGAUUGUUUAUUAAUUUCCUCCUUUCCCUCUUUGCGCGCCCCCCCUCUAGGAGAAAACAAAAAAAAAAAAAAAACCUUUUUUUGGUCUCUCUUCUGCUUCUUCGCUCUCAUUUUAUCUCGUUCCGAUGAUUAACCAUUUGGAAAAGAGCCGCGGUAAAUGUAACUUAAAUGCAUUGCAGGUUGAUAGCAGUGCCUUCAGAUUAAGAACCUUCUGUGAAAUACUUUCUUGUAUUUUUUCCCCUACAGAGAGAAAUAUGGAAUUUUUUUUCCUUUCA